AUGAAUGGGGACCUCAGUCUGUCGAGGGCCCUCGGAGGAUUACGAAUAGCCAAUCCAGACGAUUCGUCUCCGAACAACUUGUCAGAUGGAGGCGCCCUGUCGCCAACCGAUGACCAACCCGAUGCUCAUUUAGCACCCUCCACUGCCCGGCAUGGCACGCAACAACAACCCAUCGCCUCGCAUGCUUCGAUCCCGAUCUCAGAUAGUCUUCUGUCCCCCGUAUCCCACAUCCAGUCUCCCGAACAACUCGGCGCUGCCCCGGAUGCUAUGCCCGCACACGCCGAAUCGCACCGAACGAGCCCUAGCGCUGCCAUGCGAGCUGAAGUCUACCGUCAACCUGUAUCGUCAUACCCAGACCCCGAGAGAGCCACAGGCAGCUCGGCAUCCCCAACUGGCCGUCCAAUGUCUGGCAUGUACGCGCAUCCUCCCACCGCGUCUGAGGAUGGACGCUUGUUGCAGCACCAAACUGCGUCACAGAACGAACGAUCACGAUCUUCCGUGUAUGGCCUUCUAGCAAGACAGGAUUCUGGUAACGGCCCUGGCUACCCAUCAUCAAUACCUACAAGAGAGCCAAGCCACAGGUCUACAAACCCUCGCCAAUCUCAACUGCCUCCUGGUUCUGGACCACUGCCGCCGAGGAGGAGCUCCAAAGGCAUGGGGGGUGGAUACGUCUCAGCGACUACAGCUUCUCAGCCUCCACGAGAUCCGUAUGGCCCCGAAAUGCCACUCCCUACCAGCAGCGAGGAAUGGAAAGACCGUGGUGCUGCCAUUGGCGUCAGGAAAGAGACGGACGCGAAUGGGAAGACAGUCAUUCGACACGUCAAAAAAGGAGUUAGGGACUUCAGUUUUGGUCGAGUGCUCGGCGAAGGCUCGUACAGUACGGUCUAUUUAGCCACUGAUCGACAGACGCUCAAAGAGUAUGCCAUCAAAGUUCUGGAAAAGAAGCAUAUCAUCAAGGAAAAGAAGAUCAAGUAUGUCAACAUCGAGAAGAACACCCUGAACCGCCUCACGGAACACCCAGGCAUUGUGCGCCUUUACUACACAUUUCAAGACGAAGCAUCACUGUACUAUGUCCUCGAUCUCUGCAACGGUGGCGAGCUCCUCGGUGUUCUCAAAAAGACGGGCACAUUCGAUGUGGAGUGCACACGUUUUUACGGUGCGCAGAUAUUGGAUGCAAUUGACUACAUGCACUCAAGAGGGGUUAUUCACCGAGACUUGAAGCCCGAAAACGUUCUCUUGGAUGACCACAUGCAUGUCAAGAUCACCGAUUUUGGGACAGCCAAACUGCUAAAGGAUCCCAGAGAGUCACAGAUCGCAGGUGAGGGAGCAAGGGGUCUUCCUGAAAGCAGCCGUGGCGACAUCGAGGAUGAUGGCCGGGCAGCAUCGUUCGUAGGAACCGCCGAGUAUGUGAGCCCUGAACUUUUGACGAGCAAAAAUGCUUGCAAGGCGAGCGAUCUCUGGGCUUUCGGAUGCAUAGUAUACCAGCUGCUGGCCGGCAGGCCACCGUUCAAGGCGGGCACGGAAUACCUCACAUUCCAGAAGAUUGUUAAUCUAGAGUACGAUUUCCCCAGUGGAUUUCCCCCAGCAGCACGGGACUUGGUGGAAAGGUGCUUGGUGCUUGACCCAGCCCGGCGUCUUACAGUGGAGCAUAUCAAGAACCACGAAUUCUUUGAUGGGCAACAGUUCGGCAAGGGACUGUGGAGAACCAAAGCUCCGCGACUGCGACCUUAUAACCCCGCGCCACAGGAACCGAAUUUGAUUCAGCUUAAUGGUGCGGCCGGCAGUCCGAAUCCUGUUGCCCCUCCUAGAACAUCACAGGCGCCGGCUCAAAGCUCUACUGCGAAUGGUGGUUCUCGUCCAGCCAGGAUUAUAACCGAGCUACCUCCCCCAACUCAGCUGGAUAUCGAAUGGUCGCCUGUCUUGACACGGAACAAUGAGAGAAUUCUCAAGUUGGGCGACUUGAUGGUCGUGUCAAGCCCACUGCCCAAUGGGGGUCAUGGCAAAGGAGGUGAGCAUGAAGGGCAUAAGAAGCUGUCGAGGUUUUUCGGCGGCAGCACAACGAAGAAGAGACAAAGAUUGGUCAUGGUCACAUCAAGUGGUCGAAUACUGCUGGCUCCGGCUGGCGGGGACGAAAAGCGUGCAAAGCAGGAGAUAUCGCUCUUGUCGCCCGAAAGCUCAUGGAGAACCCAACUUGACGUCAAAGGGCAAACAGUUUGGUGCGUCGAUGCGGGCGGCGUCCAUUACACAUUUGAGGAGCCGAAGGGCAGCUCCAGCUCCCCCGACAAUGGUUCUACAGCCGAGGACUGGAUCGAGUCAUUGGAAAGAGCCAGGGAGUUGGCGGUUUCUCAAAACCUUGUUGGUAGCUAUGCUGGUGACAAUGGUUUUGCAGACAUGUCGUCAGCAGUAUCGAGUCCGGCAAGUACACUGGGUGGACGAGGAGCAUACCCCGAUAGCUUCAGCGUCAGCGACCGGUCCGGCCGAAACCAUCUGAGCAAAAGUCAAGCGAGCUUGGAAGACUCUUCUUCGACCAAACGAAACCGAUUCAGCAAGCGGCAAUCUAAAAAUGGGCUAGGGGCACAAUUUUGA